AUGGACCGCGUGCGGGCGGUCUACAAGAUACGGAACAGGACGACCAUGCCUUCUACCAUCCGGGCCCCCGGUGCAAAUUGCGUGUCAACAAGCGUUCUGACGGCCGACAUAUCUAGGUACUACGCCGUGAGCGUUAUUCUUGGAACCGUGGCAUUGUCAUACGGCUCUGUACCCAUGUACAAGAUGAUAUGCCAAACCACGGGCUGGGGCGGUCAGCCAGUUCGUGCACCUGGACACGGGGCUAUCGGAGGUGAUGGAAAUGGUGAUCUUGCAAACCGUCUCCAACCAGUUACAAAUGCCAAGCGCAUGCGGGUGACAUUCAAUGCCUCCGUCUCAGACAUCCUCCCUUGGAAAUUCGUCCCACAGCAGCGCGAAGUACGCGUGCUGCCGGGUGAGACGGCUCUGGCGUUUUACACGGCAACCAACAAAAGUGACAAAGACAUCAUUGGUGUUGCCACAUACAGCGUCACACCGGCCCAGGUGGCACCGUACUUUAGCAAGAUACAAUGCUUUUGUUUCGAAGAACAGCGUUUAAGCGCGGGCGAGACGGUGGAUAUGCCCGUGUUUUUCUACCUUGACCCUGACAUGCUAAACGACCUGAACAUGAAGGGCAUAGAAACGGUAACGCUAUCGUACACAUUUUUUAAAGCAAAGUAUGAUGACAACGGGGCGGCCGCCGGCAUUACUCAGAAGGAGGCUUGA